GGAAGGAAAACAAACAGGUCAUAUGACUCCGGCUCGUGACCGUACAUGUCUGUUGAUGUAGGUGGACUAAAUGUGUUUCCACAGUUCAGCUAGCUAAAUUAUUUCUUUAAAAAACAUCCCUAAGCGCAGAAAGAUUGAAUGUUACGGGAAGUGACUGCCCACCAUGGCUGAUGACUUAAAACGCUACCUGUACAAACAGUUGCAAAGUGUUGAAGGUCUUCAUGCAAUCGUGGUCACAGACAGAGAUGGAGUUCCAGUUAUCAAAGUUGCUAAUGACAACGCUCCAGUCCAUGCGCUGAGACCGGGUUUCCUGUCCACAUUUGCUCUAGCAACAGAUCAAGGCAGCAAGCUGGGUCUAUCCAAAAACAAGAGUAUUAUCUGCUACUACAACAGCUACCAGAUUGUGCAGUUCAAUCGUUUACCUCUUGUCAUCAGUUUCAUUGCCAGCAGUGAUGCCAACACAGGUCUCAUCAUGAGUUUGGAGAAGGAGUUGGCUCCACUAGUAAAUGAGCUAAGGCAGGUAGUAGAAGUGACAUAAAGUCAAUGGAUUUAAAGAAGAAACCUCACUUAAAUCAUGAUUUAACCUGUACUCUCUGUGCUGUGUUGAAAACUACAUUUGUAUGUAUGAUCAAAUUGCUACUGGAGGUCUGAAUAAAAGUUAAUUUUAAUUCAUAA